CCUCCGCGCUCAUCACUGACCUUCUCACGGGCGAGAGGUUUUUUUUUGAAAGCAUCGUCUCCGGACUAACCUCCCUCCCUUCGCGCCAUCUCCCGCGGUGCUGCCUCCUCUGGCGCCGAUUCGCCGCUGGGAGCCCCAAUUCUAUAACCCCUCUGUUCGAUCUGGGAUCCGCUAGAUUCGUUGGGGCGGUGAUGAGGGCGAUGGCGGAGGUGAUGCAGGAGGGGUGCGUGGAGAAUCGGCAGCCACUGGCGGCUUCGAGCUCGUCCGUGUCGGAUGGCAGCAGCUGUGGCGGCGGAGAGCGGGCGGGGACGUCGCCGCCGGUGUCAAGCUCCGGGAAUUGCAUCUCCGUUCUGAGACGAACAAGUGGACCGAUAAGAAGAACUAAGGGUGGCUGGACACUGAAAGAGGAUGAAACACUGCGGAAGGCAGUUGAAGCUUUCAAGGGUAGAAAUUGGAAAAAAAUAGCUGAAUUUUUUCAGGACAGAACUGAGGUUCAAUGUUUGCAUCGUUGGCAGAAGGUUCUUAAUCCGGAACUUAUCAAAGGCCCUUGGACUCAAGAGGAAGAUGAAAAAAUCAUUGACCUUGUGCGCAAGUAUGGACCAACAAAAUGGUCUAUCAUCGCAAAAUCAUUGCCUGGCCGCAUAGGCAAGCAAUGCCGAGAGAGGUGGCAUAAUCACCUGAAUCCAGAAAUAAGGAAAGAUGCUUGGACUCCUGAGGAGGAAAGGGCCCUUAUUGAUGCUCAUCAAGUGUUUGGGAAUAAAUGGGCAGAAAUAGCAAAAGUUCUUCCGGGAAGGACUGAUAAUUCCAUAAAGAAUCAUUGGAACAGUUCUUUGAAAAAGAAGUUAGAAGCCUAUAGUAACAGCAGUGUUCUUUCAGUUUCAAAGCUGUUUGUUCAUGAUGAUUUCAAGGAUAAAAUGAAGCCCGUGGCUACUGAUGGUCAUCUUGAUCUGAACCAAAUGCCAAGCAUUGGUUCCAAAGAUUCCUCUGGAAGAGCUUAUCAUUCCAUUGUGAGCCCACUUUCACAGGCAUACAAUUUGGACUCAAGCUGCCUCUCUCUUUCUAUACCAACCAUGCAGCCUCUAACUUCACAUGAAAUGUCAUCACUAAUUGAUGGUUCUGCUGUUACUUUGGUGGUACAAUGUCUGGAAAGUGACUCUGUCCGUGACAAGGACCAAGAAAUUGACUCUGUUCAAGAGAAGGGUGUUGAGGUUAGCUCAACACCUGAUCCUGUUGGGGUUGAAUUAGAAUCUGCACCAGCCAAAAGAGGUGCAGAAUUAUCUUCAAAGAACGAGUUGCAUUCUACCCUUGGUCCUCUUUGUUAUCAGAUUUUAAACAUGGAAGAUGUGAUCCCAAUCAGUACCCCACUCUGUUCUGAACAUAAUGGUGCACAUCAAACAUCACAACAAUGCAUGUCACCCAAUGGUUAUACUUCUCUCUCUCCAACGAUUGGAAAAGUAUCAAGUCAGCUAACUGUUGAUUCAAUUUUGAGAAUGGCUGCUGAUAGCUUUCCAUGUACUCCUUCAAUACUAAGGAAAAGAAAACGUAAUAAAGCAACACCUGGUUCAGGUAAUGAGUUGAAGACGGGUGGAGUAAACAAUGAUAGCUUUUACACUCCUAAUGGAACUAAUGGGAAGGACACUACUCCACGGUCAUUUAAAACUGCUGCAUCCUUCUCAUCGCUGGGUUCUGUUGAUGGGCUAUUGACUUCUGUAAGGAGUUUUGAUUCUUCACCACCCUAUCAGAAAAGGUCAAAAAGAAUGGCUAUCAUCAAAUCAGUUGAGAAACAGCUAGAUUUUUCAGCAGAUGGACUGGAUACUUCUGGUUCUGAGAUUAUGAACUCUCCUUGUCAUAAUUCCCAAGGCGUAGAUUCUAACAGGAUGUAGCGCAUACAAGUGAUUUGAAUGUAAUUUAAUUCCAUAAUGUGCAGGAAUUAAUGGCAAUCUUAUGAAACCGGACAGGACUUUAUGGAAUCCCUUCCGAACUAACCAGCCUCAUGCAAAUGUCGUGGUUCAAGCUAAAUCCAAAUCAAUCACCUUCAGCGGAGAUAAAGAGCUUCCUGCAAUGGAAAUGACGUACGGAACACAGGCCAACAGUUUACCCUGUCAUCUCAUGUAAUGAGAGUGUACAAAAUACUGUCUAAAUUGAAAGCACAUUCCAUAGAAGAUUACAUUGUUUCCUACAUAUUGUGAACUUACAGCUAGGAGUUGAGAUUGUAGAAGCCCACAGAUGUGUACAAAAAAAAGGGAAAAAAAAGCAAAGUCAAUUUCCUGUCCUUCCGGUCUAUAAAUUAAUAUAUGAAACAUAUAUAAUCUGCAGAA